AGCUUCUCAAGGAGGAGGUGAUAUCUGUGAGGGCCACCCUGCAGAUGGACCCCCAGGGAGCCCAGGAGAGACAGCAGCAGCAGGGUGUCGUCCCCUUCCUGGGCAUGUUCCUCUAUCACCUCAAGCUGCUGGACAUUGGGAUGGCAGAUGAUCUGGAAAAAUUCAAAGUCAUCCGGAGGAUCCAGCUGCUCCAGCAGGCUGCAAAUGCAUAUAACCUGGAGCUCGACGAGCGAUUUGGUGCCUGGUUCCAGGCCAUGGAGCCCAUCAGUGUCCAUGAGAGGUGAGGGGACAGGAGUUGGGUGAGGGCAGGGCAGACUCUCUCUGAUGGCCAGCUCCAGAGCCUGUGGCCUGGCUCGCUGAUCAGCCACAGAACUCG